AUGCAGGAGGCCCUCGCUGCCCAGGGCCUUCUCCCCAUGGCCCCCUAUUCAUCGCCUUGGCAGCAUUUCUUUCCAUGGUGGUCUUGGGCCCCCAUCAGAUUUGACCUUGACGGCGCUCUUCUCUCUCCCCAGGCACCGAAAAAGAAAGCGGGAGAAAAGAAGGCCGGGGGCAAGAAGGGGAAAGGGGCGAAGACCUCGCCGGUGGUCGACACCCUCCCCCCGGAUGGCAUGAGCAAAGAGCAGCUGGAGGACCACAUUGUGCGUCUCCGGGAGGAGUUGGACCGCGAGCGGGAGGAGCGCAACUACUUCCAGCUGGAGCGGGACAAGAUCCACACGUUCUGGGAAAUCACCCGGCGGCAGCUCGACGAGAAGAAGGCGGAGCUGCGCAACAAGGACCGGGAGAUGGAGGAGGCCGAAGAGCGGCACCAAGUGGAGAUCAAGGUUUACAAGCAGAAAGUGAAGCACCUGCUGUACGAGCACCAGAACAACCUGACGGAGCUGAAGGCGGAGGGCACAGUGGCCAUGAAGCUGGCCCAGAAGGACCACCGGUCCCAGGAGAUGGACAUGCGCAAGGACAUGCGCACCCUGAAGGUGGAGCUGAAGGAGCAGGAGCUGGCCAACGAGAUGGUGGUCAAGAACCUGCGGCUGAAACAACAAGAGGACAUGACAGCUCUGCGCUCUGACUUUGAGAGACAAGUGAAAGAGAUCGAGGCCAAGUAUGAGAAGAAGAUGCGGGUGCUGCGCGAUGAGCUGGACCUGCGCAGGAAGACGGAGAUCCACGAGAUCGAGGAGAGGAAGAACGGGCAGAUCAACACCCUGAUGAAGAACCACGAGAAAGCCUUCAGCGACAUCAAGAACUACUACAACGAUGUUACCCUCAACAAUCUGGCGCUCAUCAACACCCUCAAGGAGCAGAUGGAGGAGAUGAAGAAGAAGGAAGACCACUUGGAGAAGGAGAUGGCCGAGGUGCUGCUGCAGAACAAAAGGCUGACGGAGCCGCUGCAGCGAGCCCGAGAGGAGGUGGCCGAGCUGCAGAAGAAGCUGGCCCACUACGAGAAGGACAAGGUCUCCCUGGUGAGCACGCAGGCCCGCCUGAAAGUCGCCCAAAAGGAACUGAAGGAUCUCCAGUGGGAACACGAAGUGCUGGAGCAGAGAUUUGGAACGGUGCAGGCGGAACGAGACGAGCUGUACCAGAAGUUCACCAAAGCCAUUAACGAGGUGCAGCAAAAGACGGGCUUCAAGAACCUGCUGCUGGAGCGGAAGCUGCAGGGCCUCUCCAGCAUGCUGGAGAAGAAGGAGGUGCAGCUGAACGAGGUGCUGGCAGCCGCCAACCUGGACCCCAGCGCCCUCACUGUGGUCACCCGCAAGCUUGAGGAUGUCCUGGAUUCUAAGAACAAUGCUAUCAAGGACCUGCAGUAUGAGCUGGCCAGAGUGUGCAAGGCACACAAUGACUUGCUGCGGACAUAUGAGGCCAAGCUGACAGCUUUUGGAAUCCCCUUGGACAAUCUGGGCUUCAAGCCCCUGGAGACCUCUGUGGUCGGGCACAUUCUGGGCCAAGGCCCUGCUGGACUUGUAUCAACCCCCACCUAGCAGAACCGGGUGUUU